CGCUGUUCUUGUAGCCUCGACGAAUGCCUCAAAAAGCUAAAAAAAAGACUCGCACUGAAGCACUUUAGCAGGCUAGCCAGCGCGCUAGCUAUUCUUCAUAUGUGAUUCCUGAGAAAGGAGUAUCAGGACAGGAGCAGUAGUUCAUGGAAGACAAGAAAAGGAAAAAAGACGACAAAAGGAAAAGGGAAACCUCUCAGAAGGUUGCAGAGCAAAAAAACAAAGUGCCAGAUUUGACCAAGCCGGCGUCAGCCCAGUCUCCUGCCACCCAGAGCAGCUCUGCCUCCCCCAGCCCUGGACCCACCCCCUCUGCUUCCCCCUCUCCAGCCACCCCGGGCCCUGGCAGUGCUGCCACCCCAUCACAGGGCGGCAACAAUGCCAAGCGCCUGGCGGUGGCCAACGGACAGUCCCCCUCCACCACCGGUUCUUCCUCCACCGCUGGCGGCCCCAGUGCUACUGGAAACGGCAAUACAAGUAGUGGUGGUGGUGCCCAGGCGCCUCAGCAGCAGCGCUACAUGCCGAGAGAAGUGCCGCCGCGAUUCCGCUGCCAGCAGGACCAUAAAGUGCUACUGAAGAGGGGUCAGCCGCCACUGUCCUCCAUGCUGCUGGGAGGGGGAGGAGGGGGAGGAGUGGGUGAUGGCCCCAAUGCAAACAUGGCUGCUGCCUCAGAUUCCGGUGCAGCUGCCUCCUCACUAGCCCUCACCUCAUCAUCAGUCGCUGCUUCUACUACUACUUCUAAUUAUGCAAAUUCCAUGUGGGGGGCGGGCUCAGGCAGCCAGGCCUCCUCUCAGGGCAGGGAGAAGGUGAUUGUUGAUGGCAACGACCUGGAGGAGUGGCCGAGCAUCGCUGGCGGUGACGGGGGUGGAGCUUCAGUCACCGUGGCUGGUGGGGGCAGCAGCAACAACGGAAUGCCUGUGAACAGCAGCAUCAGUGCCUCUGGCAACCAAUCCUCACCCACUUCCUCGUUCUCUUUGCCCAAUGAAUGUAUGCAGUCGUCCAGUGGCGUGGCGUGGGGGACGGCUGCCUCCCAGGGUCAUCUUGGAGGAGGGAAUGCAGCAGCUUCAGCUGGGCCCCUGCUACAGCAGCCCUCCUCACUUUCCAAAGCCUCCACUGUGCCAGGGAGCCAUGACGCCGGUGGCCCCAUUGAUGGCAGCAGUGGGAUUCCAGGUGCCAACUUCAACCCAAAUGCCAACCCUUCGGCCUGGCCUGCCCUGGUGCAGCAGGAUGGGCCCACCUCUGCAGGAGAAGGAGGCCCGUCUUCCUUCCAUCACCAGGGCUCUGGAGGGUCUUUGUCUGCCAACAACCCUGCCUCCCUGGGCCUGGGGCUGGGAGCCGGGGCAGUCGGGGUGCUGGGGGGUCACCCACCUUUAUCUGUGAAUCAAUCAAGCGCCCAUCAGCACCAACUUCACCAAAUGCAAUCCAGAGACAGAGAGAUGGGAGGGGGGAAGUGGGAGAGUGGAUCAGCAGGACCAAAAAUGGCAGGGGGGGAGGGGAUUGGGGGAGGAAUGGACUGUGGUGUGGGAGGAGGAGGGGUCAGCGGGGGAGACCACAGCCUCGCCUCCUCUUGGAGAGGCCAGCCUUCUUACCCUGCUGCUAACUCCAAAACGGGUGCCUCAAGGACUGAUGGAUGGGAGGGUGGAGGAAGUGGUGCAGGGGGAUUCGGAGCUGCUGAAGGGGAUAACGGGACCUCGGGUUGGGGGUAUCCAGGUUCCGCCAGUGGGGUUAACGCUUGGGGCAGUGCUGGAAGUGGGGGAAAUGGUGGUCAAACCUCCGGGGUAUCUCAGGGAGGGUGGGGGUCAUCAGGAGUAGGAGGAGAGAGAGGGUCAGGUGGAGACUGGGGUGGGAACUCCACAGGUAUGGGGGGAGCUAAUCCAGGAGGGGAGGGACUGGGUGGAGCCUGCAGCAGUAACAGCAGUAGCAGUGGGGGCAGCACCACUGGCAACCCCCCUGCCACCUCCUCUUCUUCCCCUACAGCCACUACUAUGACCAGAGCUUGGGACAAUCAGAAGGGAGAGAGUGAAACGGGGGAAUGGGGUGGGGGAGUCGGAGGACAGGGAGGAAGGGGAGGGUCUUCGUCCAGCGGUGGGAAUUCAAGAAGUGGGAGUGGUCCUAACAGCAGCCACAGUCACCGGACCCACCGCCCGGCACCUAAUGCUGAAGCUGCCUUACAGAACCUGCUCAGUCGGUCUGACCUGGACCCACGGGUCCUGUCUAACACCGGCUGGGGGCAGACACAGAUCCGACAAAACACAGCCUGGGACGUUGAAGCAAGUGGAGGAGGAAGUAGAGGGGGAUCGUCAUCAUCAGCUACAUCCAAACAUGCAUCGUCUCUCGGUUCCUCUUCUCAGUAUUCUGGUGGUCCCAGAGCUAUGAUCACUGAUCCUGUGGGUCCAGGGGCCAAUCCUCCCCUUGCUCCCUCUGCUGGGUCCUCUGGGGAGGGCUGGGAGAGCAGCAGCAACAGUAGCAGUAGCGGGGCCUCUCUCUCUGGGAGGGCCCCUUUGACUUCAGGCCCCAACACAAGGAAUCUUGGCGUCUCACAAUCUGGGUCAGUGACCACCACUGGAGCUGGAAUGGGAUCAGGGGCACUUGGAACGGGACAUUGCCAGCAGGGGAAGGCCACAGGCUGGGGUGGAGCAGGGAUGGGAUCUGGGAAUGGCCAGCAGGCCAAAGGGUGGGGGAAAGAGGAAUGGAGGGACAACAGGGGAGGAAAUGGAGGAGGUUGGGGUGAUCUUGGACAACAGGGUAAUCCAGCAAGUGGAAGCUGGGGAGGGAGUCAGGAGGAGAAAGGGACAGGGGGAUGGAAAGAGAUGGGAAGGGAUGGAGGAGGAAGUGGGUGGGGUUCAGGACAGAGAGCUGGGGCAGGUGGGGACUGGGGAGAGAAAGAGUCCAAAUCAAACAGUGGAGGAGGGGGAUGGGAGGAUGAGAGGAAAGGUGGGGGAGGAAACUCAGGUGGGGAUUCAGAUGUUGGGGCAUGGGGGAGCUGGGAUGAGGGUGCACCCCGGAGGACCUGGGGGGCUGGAGGCACAGGGGGAGGAGGGAGUGGAGGAGGGGGAAUGGGUGGAGUCGGAGACAUGGGGUCCAAAGCCCAUCAAAGUUGGGGUGGAGGGAAUGGCGGAGGAAACAAAACGCACCAGAUGCCAAACAGCCAGUCGGGCUCCAUCAAAGGCCCACAGGCACAACUGCAACAGCAACAAUCACAGCCCCGCAAUCAGCAUCCACAGCAGCAGCAAGCGCUGGACCAAGGGGCUAUGCAAGGGGGCUGGGGGCGGAAACCCGUCUCCCAAGCCCAGAAUCAGAACCAAAGCUCAGGCUGGACCUCGGGGCCCAUUCCCGGCGGCCCAGGAGGAAGUGGAAGUGGAUCUGAACCGAGUGGCUGGGAGGAACCCUCUCCGCAGUCCAUAAGCAGGAAGAAUGAGAUAGAUGAUGGAACAUCAGCAUGGGGAGACCCAACCCAUUACAACUACAAGCCGGUCAACCUGUGGGAUAAGAACAGCGCCCCCGCUGGCCAGCAGCAGCUAGGCCAGGGUCAGGCUCAGCAGCAGCAGGGCCCUCCGGUGCAGCAACAGCCCAGCAGACAGGCUGCAGGACUUGGGGGCAACAGAGACAUCAACACUGGACCUGGGAAACCCACAGCUAUGGGUCCAUCAGGUUGGGGUGGUACUUCUCCCACCAGCCCUACAGUAGAUAAUGGCACGGCGGCCUGGGGAAAGCCCAGUGACCCUCCUACCAAUUGGGGAGACCCUGACGACGCUACAGGGAAGACCUCGGGCUGGGGCAACCCAUCUCCCAACCCCAUUAAACCUGGUUCAAAGUCUAUGCAAGAUGGCUGGGGGGAGAAUGAUGGCUCUGUGGCUGCCUCGCGUCACUCGAGCUGGGAGGAAGAGGAGGAGGGAGGGGGAAUGUGGAACAGCACUGGCUCCCAGGGAAGUGGUUCUUCCUGGGGACAAGGAAGCAACGGGGGCUGGGGACAGGGCCACGCUGGAAAGAAGCCCAAUAACAAGGGUCCUCUGAAGCCUGGUGGAGGAGACUCAUGGAUGAACCCCAUCAACAGACAGUUCUCUAACAUGGGGCUGCUGGGUGAUGAUCCCAGCGGCCGAAACAUAGACUUGGCUCCAGGUUCUCUCCAGGAGAAGAAGAUGGACGGAGAGAAGAGAGGCAUGGGAAUGAACGAUUACAACGGAGAGCUGAGAAAGGGAGGAAGAGGAGGGGGCAUGGCUUACCGCUCACCCGGCUCCAAAGAGGCGGGACCUGGGGACGCUGGAUCCUACUACGAAAAGGCUUUGCCUUUCACCAAUCAGGAUGGGUGCCUUGGGGAGGAGGGUCCUUCCUCUCUGUACUCUCCACCCACUGUCUACAAGUCCCAUCCCCUCUUCAACCACACUAUCCCCCUUAGACAAGGCGGUCACAAUAUGUUCGGCAGCGGUGGAGGGAUGGCCCAGUCAAGACAGCCAAGUGUCCCACCCAUAAACCAGUCCCCAGGGAUACGAGCGCAAGUGCCUCAUCAGUUCCUGUCACCACAGGUGCCAGGCUCCAUGCUGAAGCAGAUGCCCCCUCCCAGUGGGAGCGUGGGGGGUGUCGGCGGCAUGGGAGGAGUGGCAGGAGUCGGGGGAGGUGUGUUCCCUCCACAGCUGUCGCCCCAGCACAUCGCCAUGCUCAGCAGCAUCUACCCACCUCACAUCCAGUUUCAGCUGGCCUGUCAGCUCCUCCUCCAGCAGCAGCAGCCUCAGCAACAACAGCAGCAGCUGCUGCAAAGCCAGAGGAAGUUCACGCAGAACGUACGCCAGCAGGCCGACCCUCAACAGCUGGCCAGGAUCAUGGCGGUGUUGCAGCAGCAGAGGCAGCAGCAGCAGAUCGGGGGUGUUGGUGGCAGCUCCAAACUCUCCCCCUCCCACCUCGGUGGAGGAGGCGUAGGGGGUCCCAAACUGCCUGGGGCUGACUCCCUGCCCCACCCUGGACUGGCAGGAUCUGUGGCAGACCUGCAUCCGAAAACACAUGGGCCAUACUCUGGUUUUAGUUCAGGGGUGAACCUGCCUGGUCUGGACCUGGGAGGUCCUGUGGUGGGGGGUGCAGGGUCCAUGAAGGACCUGGGAGGGCAACAGUCCCGUUUCAAAUGGAUGAUGGAGGGACACUCACCCCCUGACCCCACCCCACCUGAGAGCACGCUCCACAAAAAUGGUCCUGUUACCCCCAUGAAGAUGCCAGGGGGCUCGCCCUACUCUCAGUAUGACAUGCUGGUUGGAGACGGGCUGGGUGAUCACUGGCAUCGCACUCCCGGCAACAAGAUGGGCUCCAAGGCUACCACCGCGCCCAGCUGGCCCCCUGAGUUCCAGCCUGGCGUGCCCUGGAAGGGAAUCGACCGAGUCGAUCCCGAGUCUGACCCCUACAUGACCCCAGGGAGCAUGAUGGGAAACACAGGGUCCCCCAGCCUCAAUGACACUGAGCACCAGUUGCUACAAGACAAUACUGAUUCCACCCCUCCCCUCAACACCUUGCUGCCUUCACCUGGUGCCUGGCCCUACAGUGCCUCAGACAGCCCCCUUAACAACGCACACAACUCAGCAAAGUACACAGACUACAAGACCAGCUGGCCUCCGGAGCCCAUCGGACACAACAAGUCGUGGAAAGCCAGUCGAGGCAGCAGCCAGACGCAACUGCCCCGCCCACCUCCAGGACUAGCCAAUCAAAAGCAGCCGUCCCCUUGGUCAGGAGGAGCCCCGCGACUGGCUGCCAGGGGUUGGGGUGGCGGCUCAGGCACCACCGGCUCCACCUGGAGUGAUGGUAGCUCCAGGGGAAGCUGCUGGUUGGUGCUCAGCAAUCUCACACCACAGAUUGACGGCUCCACCCUGAGGACCAUCUGCAUGCAGCACGGCCCCCUGCUGACCUUUCACCUCGGCCUGACCCAGGGCACCGCUCUGAUUCGCUACAACUCCAAGCAGGAAGCAGCCAAGGCCCAGAGCGCGCUGCACAUGUGCGUUCUGGGUAACACCACCAUCUUGGCGGAGUUUGUGAGCGAUGAGGAAGUGGCUCGUUACAUUGCACAUUCCCAGGCCGGAGGAGGAGGGAGCGGAGGGACGACAGCCACCUCUCCGGGCUCCGGGCCGGCGGCAGCCUUGGCAGUGGGGGCCAACGGUAACAGUGGGACUGCUGAGAGGGGAGCAGGUGGAAGCGGCGCCGGAGCAGGAGGAGGAGUAGAAGGAGGCUCCGCAGCCGGAGCUGCAGGAAACGGAGGCGCGGCUCCUUCUGGCUCCAGCUGGCAGAGUCUCGACGGUACAGGCAGCUCCUCGGACCCGUCUGCCACCCAGGGGCCCGGCCUGGGCAUCUUUGCCCAGUGGAGCAGCAACGGGGCCGGAGUGGGCGGGGCCGGAGGCGUGGAGGCCGGGCGGCAGGGUCUGUGGGGAGGGAUGGGUGGGAUGGGCGGAGCAGGGUACCCCAGCAGUAGCCUUUGGGGGUCCCCCGCCCUGGAGGACCGCCACCAGAUGGGCAGUCCUGCCUCGCUGCUGCCAGGAGACCUGCUGGGUGGAGGGGCAGACUCCAUCUGAGGCCAACUGACUUACUCACACACACACACACACACACACACACACACACGACCAUGCUCACUCUGUAUUUACUUACACACAGAGAUGACAUGAAUUCCAACUACACUGGUCACCAUGCAGAUACACACACACACACACACACACACACAACAUAAACACAUAGUAUAUGCACACAUUAUCUUCACACAUGCAUUCACCCGUAUAACUUUAAAUGAAGACGACAGCAAAACUUGAACCGGGGGAAAAAGGUGAAACCAUCAAACUCUUAGGACUCAACUGGAUAGCUCUUGUCUUUUUACUCCAAGUCCCACCAUCCGCAUUCAGAGACCCGAUCACUCAGGCAUGCACUGUAGACAGGCUCAGCCAGAGUCGUACAUGAACAAGUUUAGCUAUUGCUGUUUUUAGUGUGCCACAGUUUUUUUGUUUUUGUAUUACUAUUUAAUGGUUGAAUCUCAAAAAAAUUCAGACUUGCGGACUGAGCCCCCCCUGUAGACCUGGCUGGCGUGCUUCUCAAAGUUCUCAAAGUUUUGGAAGCCAGAGAGUGGGAACGGGUCUGGAGUUUGGAGAAAAUUCGGGACAGCCCCCACACUACUGAGUCAAAAGGAACAUCAGCAACCCCUUCCCCCCACCCUGCCGCCCGACAUCUGGAAACGGAGAGCAUUUUUAGCUAGGUACCGACACCUCUACCUUGGUAGAAAUACGCCAUCAACAUGGCACCCAGGGUGAAAAACAAAAACAAAACAAAACAAAAAAAACAACAUUAGCCAAACUUGCACUAUAUAUGCCUCUGGGUUUGUUGACACAUCCGCCAGAAUCCCUCCAUUUUUUGACACAGAGCUACAAACACAAACUGCUACACAGAAACCCUCAACAGGACGACAAAAUGUUACAACAGCAGUGGCCUUGGCCCGCCUCAACACGUCAGAAACACACCCCCUUCUCACCAGUUACACACUGCUCUUAUAUUUGACAAGCAAAAUUGUAUCUCCUUGUCGUAUGUACGUCAAUUGUUUAUUGUUUUUUCUGUUUAAAACAAACUAAAAAAAAAAAAAAGCGAGAAAACAAGAAGAAAUAUGUGGAACAUUGUGGAAAAAUCCAGAGAUGUCCUUUUUUUGCCCUUCAAACACUGACCUCGUUAUUUUAUUUUUUUCUUACUCGAGAAAUCAAGUUGGUUAUUAUAUAUUGUCAUGAUGAUGAUAAUUAUGACUAUGAUCACUUAUUUACUCGCUGUACAAGGUGCCCUCCUGCCUGCCUGUGUGUGCAUGAAAGGAGCAAUGACAGUAUGAUGUGUGGAGGAGGACGUGAUGAAGAUGACGACGAUGACGAUGAUAUCAGGAGUGUCUGUGUUAUUGCUACAAUGGUGAAUGUUUUUUGUUUUUGUUUUUCUUGUCCAUGAGAGAUUCAUGAAUCGUGUGUGCGAGUGUGUGUGUGUAUGUACGUGCUUUUGAACACUUAUCUGCGCCAGUCAGGGAAGUGAAUAAAUGUUAAUCUGACAGCUUGCAUCAUGUAUGAGUGUGUGUGUGUGUGUGUCUGAGUCUUGUGUAGGUGAAACGUUCAAGAACAUUGGCACUAAUGCAUAUGUCUCUUAAGUUGUGUUUUUUAGCAGCAUUUUGUUCCUGUUUUAUAUAUAUUUUUUGUCCAAAUGCAAUAAGAGAGUGUUUUUUUUUUCUGUUUUGUUUUUGUUUUUAAGACAAAGCAACCAACUGAAGGCAUUUUGUAUUAAGAUGCCAAAUCCUACCCAUACCAAGCUGAGCUGGAACAGUGUUUUACAGACACGUUAAAAGACGUUACCUGUUUUGUUUUGCUGUUGUUGUUUUUUUUUUUUUCCUUUCGUUAUUGUGUAUCAAUUUAAAUUAAGUCAGUCUUUAUUAUCACUCCUGUUAAGGAUGUUUUUUUGUUUAUUUCAGAUGUUACAAAAAGAAAAAAAAGAGGAGAGGAAAUUAAUUUAACGCAGAAAAGAACAAGAUAAUAAAGGUUGAAUUGAA